AUGUCAUUGAACUCGAAACAACUCACUCUUCUGAUCGGCGUUGCGAUCGUCAUGAUUCUUGGAAUCCUUGCCGUUCUCUGGUUCUUCGACGAGUACGCAUACUGUACCGAGAAAGGAUGCAACCCAAUCUACUAUGGGGCCAAUCACCCAAUUUGGCGUCCAAUGGAACGCCCAAUCGAGCGCCCAAUCGAUAUCGAAAUCUCCGUGGAAACCAGAAGCACCAUCAUCGUGCUUGAGCCGGAAAUCGAGAUGUUGGAUUUUCUGACGCAUCCCAUUUUUCUAUACGCCGCUCUUGUCGUUAUCGUGACCAUUCUUUCUGUCUGUGCAUGCGUUAUACUACAACGACUCUUUUUCUGUGCGUUCCCGGUGCAGGAAGGAGAGAUGAACCGGAUUAUGGGUCACUACCAACAGGUAUCUGUGGCGGUUCCGACGUGUGCUCCAGUGCCAAAACCAACUCCAAAUCGAUUGAUUCAUCCACGUGUCAUUAUUCAAAUUCAUCCGCCAGAAAGUGAUGAGGAAAUCGAGAUGCAGGAGACUCCAAUUCUCAACUCUGGAAAAUCGAAAGAAACACUUAUUCUCAACGCCAGUCCAUCUCAAGAAGCUGCGAUUCUGAAAAACAAAUCAUCCAAAAAAGCAGCGGAUUUAAAACAGGAAACAUGGCAAAAAACUACAUUGAUCAGGUCUGGAUCAAUGAUCUUUGAGGAACGAUGCUCCACAGUAUGA